ACCCCACCACAAAAAAUCCCAGGAUGCCCCAGAAUGCAGUUUCUUCUCCUCAUGACGUGUGGUAAAGCACGUCAGCUGCUCCUUGUUGCUGUGCAGAUCACCCAACAUCGGGUCACUGAGACAGAAGGCAGCGCUAGCUUGCACAGCUGAUAGGAUUAGGAGAUGGUGCUUUGUCAGCCUUGACUGAGUCGAGAGAAGCCCUCAGCAUACGCAGGUGCCUCCUCCUGGACGGCGGCAGCGGCGGCGCGGGGACCCGGUGGGCAGCAGAGCGAUGGGACCCCUUCGAGAGACCAAGAAGGAGCAGAGAGUGCAGCAUCAUGAGAAGGAGAUUACCCGAAGCCGAAUUCCCCGUUUGAUUCUUCGGCCCCAUCUGCCCCAGCAACAGCACAAAGUGUCCCCAGCUUCUGAGUCUCCCUUCUCUGAGGAAGAGAGCAGAGAGUUCAAUGCCAGCAGCUCUGGGCGCUCAGCGAGGACCAUAAGCAGCAACAGCUUCUGCUCAGAUGACACAGGCUGUCCUAGCAGCCAAUCGGUGUCUCCUGUAAAGACGCCCUCUGAUACUGGAAACAGCCCUGUUGGCUUUUGCCCUGGAAGUGAUGAAGACUUUUCCAGAAAGAAAUGCACUGUUGGAAUGGUUGGUGAAGGAAGCGUCCAGUCAUCUCGAUAUAAGAAGGAACCAAAGUCAGGCCUUGUAAAGCCAGGUAGUGAAGCGGAUUUUAGCUCCUCGAGCAGCACGGGCAGCAUUUCGGCCCCUGAGGUCCAUAUGUCUGCGGCGGGAAGCAAGCGGUCCUCUUUUUCACGCAACCGAGGUCCCCAUGGGCGGAGUAAUGGAGCUUCGUCAUACAAGUCUGGCAACAGCCCACCCUCCCCACGGGAGAAGGACUUUCUGUCCAUGCUGUGCAGGAAUCAGCUGAGUCCCGUUAACAUCCAUCCCAGUUACGCGCCUUCCUCCCCAAGUAGUAGCAACUCCGGCUCCUACAAAGGAAGCGACGGCAGCCCAGUCAUGAGGCGCUCUGGAAGGUACAUGUCCUGUGGUGAAAAUCAUGGUGUCAAGCCCCCAAAUCCAGAGCAAUAUUUGACUCCUCUGCAGCAGAAAGAGGUCACAGUGAGGCACCUGAAGACCAAGCUGAAGGAAUCUGAGCGCCGACUUUAUGAAAGGGAAAGCGAGAUCGUGGAGCUCAAGUCCCAGCUGGCCCGCAUGAGGGAAGACUGGAUUGAGGAAGAGUGCCACCGCGUGGAAGCCCAGCUGGCCCUGAAGGAAGCCAGGAAAGAGAUCAAACAGCUCCGACAGGUCAUCGAAACGAUGCGGAGCAGCUUGGCUGAUAAAGAUAAAGGCAUUCAGAAGUAUUUUGUGGACAUCAACAUCCAAAACAAGAAGUUGGAGUCCCUGCUUCAGAGCAUGGAGAUGGCGCACAGCGGCGCUCUGAGGGAUGAGCUGUGCCUGGACUUCCCGUGCGAUUCCCCGGAGAAAAGCUUACCCCCCAGCACCCCUUUCGGCAAGAUGGCGGAUGGGCUGUCUCUGGAGGCGCAGGGCAUGGAGGAGGGGGCUGGCAGCGAGCUGCUGGUGGGAGAUGGUAUGGCCGACGGCACGGAUCUGUUUGAUGGCAUGGUGACGGCCGCCGCCGCCGCCACCGAGGCCCCCGACCUGGAGCUUCUUCGAUCAGCCCCCGGGGCCCAGGCCCUCGGGCUCCUCCCCCUGCCCGGGGCCCAGGAAGAGGCCCGAGCGCUGGUGGAGCGGGCCGUGCAGACCGACGUGGUGCCCUACAGCCCUGCGGUCUCGGAGCUCAUUCGGCAUGUGCUCAAGCUCCAGGACCCCUGUCCCUCGGGCUCAGCCUCUCCUGAUGAGUCCGGGGCUGACUCGACACAAAGCUUCCCCGAGUCCAUCUCCGCAUUCCUGGUUGAUCUAACGCCAAGAAAUCCCAACUCCGCCAUCCUUUUGUCUCCCGGGGAGACCCCGUCCGCCGCGGUGGGUACGGAAGCCCCUGCAAACCGCCUCAUGAGAGAGCUGGAUUUUGCAGGCUCCACGGAGGAGAGACUGGACGGCGUCCGCCCGCUGCCCCGGGGGGCCGUCGGGAGGCAGUACUGGAGCAGCAGCUUCCUGGUGGAUCUCCUGGCCGUGGCUGCCCCGGUGGUGCCCACGGUUCUGUGGGCAUUCAGUACUCAGAGAGGGGCGACCGAUCCCGUCUACAACAUCGGAGCGCUGCUGCGGGGCUGCUGUGUGGUCGCCCUGCAUUCGCUCCGCCGCAGCGCCUCCCACGGCAAAACCUGAAGACAAGUUGUCCCGUGGGGCGUGCUGCCCGGCGGGGAGACAGCGGGUCGACCUGGGGCGGUCUCUAGUCUGUCGUUUUGCUCCUCGGUAUUUGAUUUGCACUAUAUUUAGUUGACACCUGUUCACUGUUUAAAACUGGAGGUAUCUUCAAAGGCAUGGAGACGUGGUUCAAGUUAAAUGUCCCACCAGUGGUAGAGAAAGCAUGCUCCUGACCCUGCCGUGUCGUCCGAGGUACCCGUGCUUAUCCUAGUGGUUCAGGAAGAGAAAAUGCAGAGUUUGCACUUUCAGGACAGCUUCUGUAAGGCUGGCAUGUUAGCUCCUUGCUUUGCUUUGUGCCCUUUUAAAAUGUGUAAUUGUUACAGCAUUCCAGUGGUCUUGUGCACAGCAGGGGACUGUAACCAAAAAUAAAACUGUAUUCGUGUAAUUGGUUUGAAGAAGUCUUGAAUAGCUCCUUAGUGUCUUACUUGGGGUUGAUAAGGUUUGAGUGUUUGCAGUUUUUUACUAAAUGUAGCUCCAGAGUCGGAAAAUGGCUUGUUUGUUCCUAAACCUGUUAAUUGAUGAAACUGUAUGUAAGUUUACUAUGUAUUAACUUAUUUUUUGCUUAUUAUAUAGCAUUUUAUUGGAAAUUGUAACCACAGCACACUUCAGCAUGAUGAAAAUAAAGAUUAGUGUUUCCAUUUAAAUAAAUGUUUUAUCCUCCUAUAAAAUAAUUAUCUGUUUAGUUUUACUCCUAUAUAUGGUAAGAAAGACUAAAUGGAUAGAUCCUUUCUUCUUUGUCAAUAGGGGUCUAUAAAAAUGGAAUUAACUUAAGAAAUGAGAAAGGGGAAAAUUAUUAAAGAAACGGAAGGGUUUCCUACUGUCUUUAAAAAAGCAUUGCUUCUGAAUAAAAGUAGCUUUGAUUGUUUGCUCUGAAAUUA